AUGUAUGCAAAUUCUUUUGUUACAUUUAUUAAACAAAAACGAAUUAUUUAUAAAUUUUUCAAUAGUUUACAAUGGAUAAAUAUGAAAAAUACAUACAUACAAAAUCGAAAUUAUCAAUUAAAUAAUGAUAAUAAUAUUGAAGAUAUAUUACAUAUGGUUAUUAUACCAAUAUUUAAAGAAGAUCCAUUAAUUAUUGAUAACACUUUAAAAUCAUUAGCAGAACAAAAUGUAUCAAUGAUAAUAGGUUUAGCAUUAGAAGAACGUGAAAGACAUAGUGAUAUAAAAUAUAAUAAUAUAAUUCAUCAGUAUGAAAAUAAAUUUCUUAAAAUAAUAAAAACAAUUCAUCCUGAUGGUUUAAAAAAUGAAAUAGCAGGUAAAGCAUCGAAUUGUGGUUAUUGUGCUCAAAUAUUAGUAAAAUAUUAUGAAAACAAUUUAAAAGAUUUCUAUAAUUAUGUUAUGAUUACUUCAUGUGAUUGUGAUUCAAUUUGGUGUAAAGAUUAUUUUUUAUAUUUAAAUUAUUUAUCAAUAAAAAAUAAUUUAAAAUAUUUUAAUCAUAUUAUUUAUACACCAAAUAUAACUAAUUUUAAAAAUUUUCAAUCAAACCAUAUAUUAACAAAUUGGAUAUCUAUUAUUCGAGUAACAGCUACACAUGGACAUUUUCGUUGUUUAGGUUGUAUUCGUUGUUUUACAAGUGAAUAUCAUAUACCAUUAAAAUUAUUAAAAAGAAUUGAUUAUUGGGACAAUGAUUUAGUACAUGAAGAUGUACAUAUGCGUAAUAAAUUAGCAAUAUUAGAUGAAAAAGUUUUAAUAUUUAAGUCUACAUUUUUACCAUGUGAUAAUCAAACACCAACAGAUAUUAAUUCAAUGUAUCAAACUUUUAUUCUACUGUGGAAUCAAACCUUACGUUGGAAUUUUUUUAUUUAUGAUUUAUAUUAUUUAUUUCAUCAGUUACUAUUAAAUUUAUUCAAUAUAAAACAUUAUGAAAAUUUUCAAACAAAUUCAUGGAAAAUUUGCGUACAAAUUGUUAAUAAUUAUGAAAAUUUAUUUUAUUUUUGUGUUGCACCUACUUUUAAUAGUAUCUUUUGGAUAGUUUAUUUAUGUCUAUUUAAUAAUUAUUCUUAUAAUAAUCUUGUUUAUUAUUUAUUAAAUUAUAUUCAACCAUACUUUAUUAUUAUACAAAUUUUCCUAUUCAUUCUAUUGACUCUAUUUAUUUUAAAUACUAAUGAUGAGAAUACUAAAGGCGAAUUAUAUCAUUGGAAAAAACAUUUUCUCUUUAUAUUAGGAUUAAUUAUUGUUCCUUUUUUUGGUUUUAUCUAUUACAGUAUUAAUUUAGUUUUUGCAUGGAUUCAAACAUUGAAAAGUUCUUGUAGUCAUUCAGAUUCAGCCUUAAAAAUGAUUACGAAUAUUAAACAAAAAUAA